CUUCCUUUGCCUGGUGAGAUUGGGAGGCUGAGCCCCCAAAACAGACCCGUGGCUUCCCCCUUCUCCCGAGCAGGGGGACAGAGAGGCCCAGGCCCGGGACCCAGGGUCUGACUUCCUCUAGUCCCGGAAUGAGCAUGCCUACCCUUUGCUGGCAGGUUUGGGUCUCUCACGCAGAGGAAACCAAAAGCAGUGAGAGGGAGGGAAGGCAGAGCGGCCAAUCAGGGGCAGGGUGAGGCUCAAAACCAGCAGGCUCCCCAGGGAACCCCACCGAGGCCCGAGCCAUGGCGGAGCUGCAGCAGCUGCAGGAGUUUGAUAUCCCCACGGGCCGGGAGGCUCUUCGGGGCAACCACAGCGCCCUGCUGCGGGUGGCCAACUACUGCGAAGACAACUACGAGCAGGCCACAGACAAACGGAAGGCACUAGAAGAGACCAUGGCUUUCACCACCCAGGCCCUGGCCAGUGUGGCCUACCAAGUGGGUAACCUGGCUGGGCACACUCUGCGAAUGCUGGACCUUCAGGGUGCUUCCCUGCGGCAGGUAGAGGCCAAGAUCAGCACACUGAGCCAGAUGGUGAACAUGCAUAUGGAAAAGGUGGCCAGAAGGGAGAUUGGCACCUUAGCCACUGUCAUGCGGCUGCCCCCUAGCCAGAAGGUCAUCCCUCCUGAGAGCCUGCCGCCCCUCACCCCCUACUACAGAAAACCCCUCAACUUCAGCUGCUUGGAUGACAUUGGCCAUGGCGUCAAGGACUUGAGCACGCAGCUGUCUCGUACCGGGACCCUGUCUCGCAAGAGCAUCAAGGCGCCUGCUACACCUGCCUCCGCCACGCUGGGGAGACCACCCCGGAUCCCCGAGCCCGUGCAGCUCCCAGUCGUGCCCGACGGCAAGCUCUCGGCUGCCUCCUCUGUCUCUUCCUUGACCUCGGCGGGCAGCGCCGAAGGUGCCAGUGGGAUCCCCCAGUCCAAGGGACAGGUAGCAUCUGUAACCCCGCCUCCACCUCCAGCACCUACAACCCCGCCUCCCCCAGUCUCUGCUGAGGUCUUCUUGCCGCCUCCCCCGCUGGAGGUCUCCCAGGCCCCUGCAGCAGCAGAGUUGCCCCUGCCCCCACCUCCAGCUCUAGAAGGGGAUGACCUGGGACUACUGCCUCCUCCGCCACCGGGUUUUGGACCAGAAGAACCCAGCUGGGUCCCUGCUGCCUACCUGGAAAAAGUGGUGUCGCUAUACCCAUACACCCGACAGAAGGACAAUGAGCUCUCCUUCUCUGAAGGCACCGUCAUCUGUGUCACACGCCGCUACUCGGAUGGCUGGUGUGAGGGGGUCAGCUCAGAGGGCACUGGAUUCUUCCCUGGGAACUAUGUGGAGCCCAGCUCCUGACAGCCAGAUCUGUCCCUGCCUCAGUGGACCUCCUGAGCCCCAAGAAGCCAGCGCCACAGUCAAGGCUGACUAAGGACCUGUCUACCUCUUGGGCUGUGAACUGAGUUCAGUCCCUGAUCCACACAGCAGUGUGUGUGUGUGUGUGUGUGUGUAUGUGUGUGUAGGGGGGCUAGAGAGAGGUGGUACCCAGGAGACUGCAGCAGAUGGGGGAGGGGGAACCUACCAAAAAACCAAGAAACUAAAAGCCACGGAUUUCAGGCAUCUUGCCCAGAGGAUACCCCCUAGCUCAUGAAGAGCAAAUUGCCAGCUCUGAAUAAAACUGCUGACCUCCUGAUACUUGCCCCGCGGGGCUGGAGGGCCAGGGGGCCGUGAUGGAAAGGGAGCAAGCUCUAGAACA